CCAUCCUCUUUCAGUCCAAAGGCAGAGCCCGAGCCCGAGAAGAAACCAGAGCACUUUCCGAAGAGCCACGGGGAUGUGGGAUUCCAGAAAGAGCCCGUGGUCCCAGGCAUUGUGGAUUUCGAGUUGAUCCAAGAGGAGCUGAAGACCUCUAAGCCCCAAACACCAAGUGCCUAUCGCUUCGGACGCCUCAGCCACCACUCCUUCUUCUCCCGGCACCACCCCCAGCCACAGCGUGUGACACACAUCCAAGAUCUCACAGGGAAGCCUGUGUGCGUGGUCAGGGACGAGUUCUCUUUGGCACCCGUGACUCAGUCGGCACUCUUAUCCAGCUGUCUGAUGGGGAUGCCCACCAUCUCAGUCCCCGUUGGGGACCCACAGUCCAACCGGAACCCCCAGCUUCCUCCUGACCUCUGGAAGAAAAAUCUAAAGGACCUAGCUUCCCGAGUGGCUGUCUUCACUAAGGAAAACGAGUCAAGGACUAACGAGGCUGGUGCUGAACCAAAGAGCGAGCCUGGAAAGAAAGCCUUGCCAAAGGAAGAGCCUCCUGUGAGGGAGCAGGGGGCAAAGUACUCAGCCGAGACUGGUAGGCUUAUCCCGGCUUCCAGCCAAGCUCUCAGCCGCCGCAACCGCCAGGGCCAGCGGGGCCACCCUUCUGCCAGAGACGGAGGAGCCCAAGCCUCCGUUCUGGAGGACCAGGAGCUGCUGAUCUUGGAGCUUCUUUGUCAGAUUCUACAGACGGAUUCUUUAAGUACCAUCCAGUUCUGGCUGCUCUAUGCACCACCAAAGGAAAAAGACUUGGCGCUGGGACUUCUGCAGACAGCGGUGGCUCAGCUCAUCCCCCAGCCCCUCCCAACCCUCCCAGAGGAGAAGCUCUUGAACCAACUCCAAGAGCUUCAAGAACCUCCUCAAGAGAUACAACAGGCAACCUACAGUCCAUCCCUGAAGAAGACGAAGACGCCACCUCUAUCCAAGACGGAGAAACCAGAGUUCAUGGGCAAAGCCCAAGUCCUCCGCGUGCAUCCCAGCGAGGACUCAGAGGAGAAAACGACCAAGUCAAAGGCCGAGAGCUGAGGAGCACAGCCCAAAGCCCGGAGACUUCUGUCUAGCUCAAAGGCAGCUUCAAAGCUUGGGGAUGGGGGCUCCUGUCAAUGCCAGCCCCUGGUCUCCAGCCACACUCUACUAAAUAAAAUGCUGCUUUCCCUGGACGACAGCAGUUCUACCCUCCCACAAGAGUGUCUGUGUUUAGAUGGUUUACUCUAGAAGAGUGGAGCUCCCUGUCAUGGAGAAAGCCUGGGGUACCACUCACAGUUAGUUUAGCAACGAUCUUCCAUCAGUUAAUCACUUGGAGUUGAAAAGAUUUAGCAAUUUGCAGGUUCGGGGAGGGCGACUACCUGGUAUGUCCACUCUCCUCUUCCAAGGUUUGCAUAAAGCAAAGCCCAGCUCUGUCCAACCAGAGCCUAGUCCUUUGGCACAGGACUGGUUAAUGGGGGUAGUUAAGUACUGGGCCAAGCACAAGCUACUUGGGAAGAUUUUGUGCUGAACG